CUAUCACGCUUGCGCAAAGAAAAACAAGAUGGCGGAGAGUGCGGAACUGAAGCAAAUGGUGAUGAGCCUGCGCGUGUCGGAGCUGCAGGUACUGCUGGGCUACGCCGGGCGCAACAAGCACGGACGCAAGCACGAGCUGCUGACCAAGGCCCUGCACCUGCUGAAGGCCGGCUGCGGCCCCGCCGUGCACGUGAAGAUCAAGGAGCUGUACAGACGCCGCUUCCCCGCCAAGAUGGUGUCCCCCUCAGAGCUGGCGCCCGCGCCGCACCGCCCGGGCUCCGGGCCCGGGGGAGGGGGCGCGGCGGCCCUGCCCUCCGGCCUCUCCCAGCUGGCCUACGAGGGGCUGGGCGGGGCCCCGUCGCCGGCCGCGCUCCUGCCGCUUACCCUGCUGGGCCCCGGGAAGCAUGAGCUGAGCGGCCUGCCGCCGCACCACCACCUGCCCGCCUCGGCCUCCCUGCACCCACUGCACCCCGACGUCAAGCUGCAGAGGCUGCCUUUCUACGACCUGCUGGAUGAGCUCAUCAAGCCCACAACAUUGGCUUCAGACAGCAGCCAGCGGUUUCAGGAGACGUGUUUUGCCUUUGCGUUGACCCCACAGCAGGUCCAGCAGAUAAGCGGCUCCAUGGACAUCUCGGGGACCAAGUGUGACUUCUCAGUUCAGGUUCAGCUGAGGUUCUGUCUGUCUGAGACCAGCUGUCCACAGGAAGACCAUUUUCCGCCCAAUCUCUGCGUGAAAGUCAACGGGAAGCCCUGCAAUCUGCCGGGUUUUCUUCCUCCAACCAAAAACGGCGUGGAGCCGAAGCGGCCCAGCCGCCCUGUCAACAUUACCUCCCUGGUGCGGUUGUCCACCACCGUGCCCAACACCAUUGUGGUGUCCUGGACCUCAGAGAUCGGACGGAGCUACUCCAUGGCAGUGUACCUGGUGAAGCAGCAGUCGUCCACUAUCUUGUUACAGAGGCUACGCUCCAAAGGCAUCAGGAACCCAGACCACUCGCGAGCACUCAUCAAAGAGAAGCUCACAGCAGACCCGGACAGUGAGAUAGCCACCACCAGCCUGCGGGUGUCCUUACUUUGCCCGCUGGGCAAGAUGCGUCUGACCAUCCCGUGCCGGGCACUCACCUGCUCCCACCUGCAGUGCUUCGACGCCACACUGUACCUGCAGAUGAACGAGAAGAAGCCCACCUGGGUGUGUCCUGUCUGCGACAAGAAGGCGCCCUAUGAGCACCUCAUUAUCGACGGGCUCUUCAUGGAGAUUCUGAACAGCUGCACGGACUGUGACGAGAUCCAGUUCAAGGAGGACGGCUGUUGGUCCCCCAUGAGGUGGAAGAAGGAGGUGCAGGAGGUGUCGUCUGCUUCCCACAGCAACGGAGUGGACGGCUCCUGCAGGACGUCGUCGGCAGAGCAGCGCACCUCGUCCUCAGGGGGGGGUGGGGGCGGCAAGAAGGUGGAGGUGAUCGACCUGACGCUGGACAGCUCGGAGGACGACGUGGCGGAAGAAGACGACGACGACGACGACAACUACGAGAGCCAAGAUUCGCCCGCACCCCCUCCCCCGCCGCCGCCGCUCCCGCCCCCCGCCAAGCGGCCCUGCCCGUCCCGCUCGCCCACCUCCCCGCCCGUCAACCACAAGGGGGUAUUGAACCUGCACCAUCCGUCCCCACCACUCAGCCGCACUCCCAGCAUGCAGAGUGUGGAUGCCAGCUACAUCCCCCCUGUACCUCCCCUCAUACAGGACUACAGACCCUACUACCACACGCCCACCGAUCUGUCGGAUUUGAGCUUCUUCUCCUUCCUGCAAGGGGACAAUCAUCAGCACUACAACAUGGUGAUGGCCGCGGCCGCCGCCGCCUCGUCCUCCGAGGACCACGAGCUGCUCCUGAACCGCUUCCUGCCCUACAGCACCGCUGCCGCAGGCUCCGCCUCCUCCGCCGCCUCCCAGCUGUUCCUCGACCAAUCGGGCGGCUCUGGGGGCGGGCACUUCUCCGCCCCGCCCACCAACGGCAGCAGCAGCAGCAGCAGCAGCAGCAACACGGGAGGCGGCGGCGGCGGCGGCGGCGGCGGCGGCGGGAGCCUCGGCUGCCUGCGGGACGCGUCCUCCUCGUCCACGCACUCGUCCACGCACUUGUCCUCGUACGCACACGCGCAGUCGCACGCGCACCCCGGGGUGUUGGUGGGCCGGGGCGGGGCCGAGGCCAGCACGGCCAUUUACGGCGGCAUACCGGACAUCAUCUCACUGGACUGACUGGCCUAGCGCCGGGAAGGAGGAAGGGCCACCCGUUCCUCCCCCCCCCCCCCUCCCCCCCCAUCCCCACCCCUUCGGACCCGGCAUGUCCCCCACUAUUGAUGCUCUGCUGGUUGGUGAUUAGGCCAAAGGCGGAGCACCGGGCACGGGGGCGCGUUAGCGUUGUGGAGGGACCGCUCCACGCAGACACACUGCGGAGGGGCCGUCCGACCGGCCGUCCGACCGCCAGGCAGCCGAGCGACCUACAGGGCUGUCUGGCGAGACCGAGGGACGCACGGCGUUGGUCAGAAGGAGUGCUCGCUGCUGAUGACGAAGGCCUGGAGGAGUGGGGAGGGAGGUCCCCCCGUGGGACUCGAGAGCAAACGCGGUGGAGUCGGUUAAUUGGCUCCAUCGGCAAACUGACCUCACAACAGUGACCUCAGCACGGUAUGAAGGAAGUCGUGUCCGGGAGGCGGAACCCAGGUCACCGCUGGACCGGUACCGACACAGACCACGCCCCACCCCCAACACAAGCAAAAGUCACAUCAACUAGUAAAAGAGGAUGGUUCUUUUUUAUAUUUAAUAGCAACUGGCGGGGUGGAGCUACAGUAUGUACAGAAAAUACAAAUCUAUUUUCCUUCAUUACUUUUGUACAUUCAUUCGAGACAUUUUCCCGUGUAGUUACCUUGAUUAUUAAUGCAGACUAUAAUUGAAAGUGCUUAUAUAUACGUUUGCCAACAUCCAUAAAACAAUACUAUUAAUCUCUGUUUUUCCCUCAGUUUUGCUCUUCUUUUUUGUUUUCUUCUUUGUUGCUAUUAUAAAUUGAGAGUCGUUUUUUUUAUUUUUUUUCCUAGUUGUACCCAGUUGCUACAGAACCUGACUACUGUUUAUUCAUGUACUAAUAAUUUUAUUAAGUUGUUAAAUUAUGUAUUAUAUUGACGACAAAGUUACAUAUGCAUUCCCUUAAGACUCCUACAUUUGUUUGGAGUGCACUGUUUGGAGUGCACACAUGGAUUUUUUGCAGUUUUUCUUUGUUUAUUCGCUUUUCCAUCUUCCUCUAUUUUCUUAAUUAAUUCCCAAAUGCUUGAACGUUGUGUCCUCAUUUACUAUUUAAGAGCAUUUAAGAGUUCGGAACAUUUUGUUCCCUCUUUGAGCUUCAUACCUUUUUUUCUUUUUGGACCUUUGCAACAGGAAAUUGGUAUAAUGACUUAGUUAUUUUUUUGACCAAUGCCAAAAAUGACAGAUGCUAUCUAUGAAGGAAGGUCUUGCGGAGGGAAGUCCAAUCCUUGUGCCACAGUGUUUUCUUUAUUUGUUUUGCAUGCAUAUCUUCCACUUGUAUUGGGGAGUUUGUGAGGCAUGUGGAGGGGCUCAGGCCCAGAGGUGUGCGCUACUUCCUGUCUGUAUAAGGGCUUAGGGCCCCAGCCGGGGGGGAGGUCGACCAAAAGAAACCGGUGCCUGCUCGUUGGCACACUCGGCACUAGUGCGGUUGUGGAGUAAAUGUUGUCAUGGUGACAAAAGAAAACAGAACACAACAAGGAAUGUCUUACAGGUUGACGAACCUCUGUUCACUCACACACUUUACCGGCACAUCUGCUCAAGUUGGACGGGAAGGCUCCAGUGAGGACAAGAAUGAUAGACAAUAGACACUGGGGGUUGUUGGAAGGAGGAGCGGAGCAGCAGGGCCACAGCUUGUCUUAGAAAACAGAACACACACACACCACACACACACACACACACACACACACACACACGCACGCACAGUCUCCAGAACCAAAGAACCCCAUGGUGUGAGCAGCAAUGUGGCUCAAAGAUUAGGAGUUGGACAGAGACUUGUUGUCAACUGUAGACAUGAAUGCUUUGAAGGUUUCCUGAACACACAGGGUCUGCUUGUACUGAAUGUACCUUGUUUUUUUUGUUAUUUUGUUAUAGGGAGGGGUGAAGGGGAUCUUAAGUCACCACCAACUAUUCCGAAGGGUUUCGUCUUUCUGUAGAGGUAUCAAGUUGAAUUAGUCUGAUCAGGCCACUCGCCGCUCCUCCCCCCGCCACCCCUUCCCUGGUGACCUCCACACUCAACCAGUCUCCAUAAGUCUCGCCCCCGCCCAUUGCACUUUGACAAAGUCCAAGACCGCCUGCAAUGUCAAGCCAAGCCCCCCGAAUUAGUGUUAUCACCCCGCCAUAAUACCUUCUGACAGUCACCUGACCCCUCUCUCCCUUUGUCCCUCUCCAAACCUGUAGACACUUUGUCACUAUCCUCCCCUCGUCCCUUGUCCCACAAGAAAUCGGGCUCAUUUUCACCUCACUGCAUCCGCCAUUUCUCUCCCUAGCAGCUCUCCAAACGUCAGUUUCUCUCUCUCUCUCUCUCUCCCCCCCCCCCCCCCCCCAUCCUCCACCUCGCCUGCCUGACUUAUUGUUUAGAUUAGCUACAUAACCGCACUGCUACUCCCCUCCAACCCAAGUCCUUGUGUAGUGUGCAGUAUUUUAUUUAUUUUGUAAUCUAUAUAUAUAUAAUUAUUAUUAUUUUUAUAUAACGUGGUUGAUUCAGUGGAUGAUAAGUAUGACUGAUGGUCGUAGAGCUACUGUGAUGGGGACGUUAUAUGAUUUUUAUAUCAUGUUGAUGUGUUUUUUUUAUGUGUGCAUCUCUCGCUAGGUAGCGCGGAUGCUUCAUUCAAUCAUUUCCCAAUAUAUUAUCCCAUUUGGAGAUAAGUCUCUCGGAGCACGACCGCAGCGGCGUCAGAGAGUUUUAAUAUUUGACGAAAGCGAUCGCAGAUUCAUGCUCAUGGCGAUUUUAUUUAUUCGAACGGCUUCACUAGUCUCCACUGUUCUCUACGUCACUUAAUGUCACCACCGUGGCAUCUUCAAUUCCUAUGGUCAAAUGGAGAAAGACGGAACAACUUGGUUAAAAAGGGGCCGAAAUGCUAUCUAUUUAAUGUGGUGCAUGUCCUCAGAUAUUACGGGCUGUGCAAGAGGAAAGUGAAGGAAUAGUGCCAUUUGUAUCAGCAGUAACUGUGUAACUCUGGGCAACACAGAGUUACUCAGGUCUGCAGGCAAUGGUGACGGAAAAAAAAAACACUCAGUUUGGUGGAUGCCAGUGUCACCUUAGCUAAAGGGAAUAGUCAACUAUGUGUAUUUGUAAAUGUAUGGAAACUGCAGUUGUCUAAACGUGGGAGUUUGAUGUCUGUUCGUCUGUAUGCUCUUUGUCUGUCCAUCGAGAGUGAGAGAAAUGAAUUUAUAUAUUUUUUAGAAAAUGAAAGCUACUUUUAAAAACCAAGGACUUUGGCGAUUUAAGAGUCCCAUUUUACAGAAACGAUCUGGAAAAAGUCUGACUCUCGUCGAUAUCUGCACUCACUGCCUUAAAUCCACAGGUUCCGUUUUCAUAGCUUCAACCCGGGGAAAUCAAAAGGCUUUUCAAGAGAGACGAGGAUGACAUGGUGUACAGUAGACUGUUGUCAGUUUGUAUUAUGCUAAGUGGAAAAAAUAUUUAUUACCUGCAUUGGAAGAAAUUGUUUACUUUUAAUUGAUUGUCUUCUGUUUAUGUAGAAAAAUUUAGAUGUAAUAAAAUGCAUUCGAUUUUC